AUGUCUGCUGCUCCCAUCUCCGGCGCUGUUGACCAGCUUGCCGCUGAUCUUAGCAACACCUCUCUCAACGGCGGUGACGCUAAGCCUACCUCUAUCAACACCAACGUUGCUCCCGACGUUCACGGCGACGAAGCUGAUGCCGCUGGCGCCACUCCCAGCUCCGCUCAGACCCCUCACCCUGCCGCAUCUGCAUCCCUUUACGUUGGCGAGCUUGAUCCCUCCGUUACUGAGGCAAUGCUUUUCGAGCUCUUCUCUCAGAUAGGUUCUGUUGCCUCCAUUCGCGUUUGCCGUGAUGCUGUCACUCGCCGAUCUCUCGGAUAUGCCUACGUCAACUACAACACGACCGCGGAUGGCGAACGAGCGCUUGAGGAGCUUAACUACACCCAGAUCAAGGGGCGCCCGUGCCGCAUUAUGUGGUCUCAACGUGACCCCAACUUGCGCAAGAGCGGACAGGGUAACAUCUUCAUCAAGAACCUUGACGCUGCUAUCGAUAACAAGGCGCUUCAUGACACAUUUGCUGCUUUCGGUAACAUCCUGAGCUGCAAAGUUGCUCAGGACGAGAACGGUAACUCCAAGGGAUAUGGGUUUGUGCACUAUGAGACGGACGAGGCUGCAGCUCAAGCUAUCAAGCACGUUAAUGGAAUGCUGCUUAACGAGAAGAAGGUCUAUGUCGGUCAUCACAUCCCCAAGAAGGAUCGUCAGAGCAAGUUUGAGGAGAUGAAGGCGAACUUCACCAACGUCUACGUCAAGAACAUUCAAGCCGAUGUUACUGACGAGGAAUUCCGAGCGCUUUUCGAGAGGUUCGGAGACGUUACCUCCUCCUCGUUGUCCCGCGACAAUGAAGGAAAGUCUCGUGGCUUUGGCUUCGUCAAUUUCACUACUCAUGAAAGCGCAGCCAGGGCGGUUGAAGACUUGAACGGCAAUGACUUCCAUGGUCAGGACCUCUAUGUCGGUCGUGCUCAGAAGAAGCACGAGCGCGAGGAGGAGCUGCGCAGGUCCUACGAGGCUGCCCGUCAGGAGAAGGCGAGCAAGUACCAGGGUGUUAACCUUUACAUCAAGAACUUGGAUGAUGACGUCGACGAUGAGAAGCUGCGACAGAUGUUCGCUGAGUUCGGCCCCAUCACUUCCGCAAAGGUCAUGCGUGACACCGUUACCGAUUCCGAAGAUGAUAAGGAAGGAAAGGAGAAGGAGAACGUGAAGGAAGAAGCUGACGAGGCCAAGGAGGAAGGUGAAAAGAAGGAAAAGAAGCCCGAAAAGAAGCUCGGCAAGAGCAAGGGUUUUGGAUUCGUGUGCUUCGCCAACCCUGAUGACGCAACGAAGGCUGUGGGUGACAUGAACCAACGCAUGAUUAACAACAAGCCUUUGUAUGUAGCACUAGCUCAGCGAAAGGACGUCCGGAAGAGCCAGCUUGAGGCUAGUAUCCAAGCUCGCAACCAACUCCGGAUGCAGCAGGCUGCGGCGGCAGCUGGCAUGCCUCAGCAGUACAUGCAACCUCCCGUCUACUACCCUCCGGGUCAGCAGCCAGGCUUCCCUCCUCAGGGUGGUCGUGGUUUGCCUUUCCCUGGCAUGGGUAUGCCCGGUGCCCAGGGUGGCCGCCCCGGACAGUUCAACCCUAAUGCUUACGGAGGGCCUCAGGGAGGUCGUGGCGGACCCAUCCCGCAGUUGCCUCCGAACAUGUACAUUCCCGGCCAAUUCCCACCUGGCGCCCCGUACGGCCAGCCUGGUACUCCUCAGUUCAUGGCUGCCAUGGCACAAGUGCAGCAGGCCGCUAUCGGCGGUGGUCGAGGUGUUCCGGCCGGCCGUGGACCAAUGCAAGGUAUUCCUGGCAACAUGAGCAUUCCGGGCGGACCAGGCGGUAUUCCCGGCUACCCCCCUAACGCCCGACAGGGUGGUCCCGCGGGUCGUGGUGGACAGAACCAGCGGAAUGGCCAGGGUGGCCAGUUCCCUCCCCAGGGCGGACGUGGCGCCUCAAACCAGCAAGUUGGCGGUGCCCCGAACGUGCAGCAGCAGGACCUGACUCCCACUUCACUACUUCACUCGCAACUGCAGAAUCAGACCACUAACCCCCAACAGCAGAAGCAGAUGCUGGGUGAACUCAUCUUCCCCAAGAUUCAGGCCAUCCAACCCGAUCUGGCAGGCAAGAUCACUGGUAUGCUUCUAGAGAUGGACAACGCUGAGCUGGUCAAUCUUAUUGAGGAUGACGGCGCUCUCCGAGCCAAGGUAGAGGAGGCUAUGGCCGUGUACGACGAGUACGUUAAGGCUCAAGGCAACGCUGAGGGCGAGGUCGGGAAGAAGGAGGAGAAGACCGAGGAGAAGGCAAACGCAUAG